AUGGCUACGGCAACAGCGUCAACGCAGCCAACACAAUCUUCACGCUUCCCUCCCGAGCUCAGCGCCCUCAUCACACCCCUUACCCUCCGCCUGCGAGACGUCCAGUCCUUCCAACUCCCUCGCCUCGCCUCAUCCUCUUCUUCGUCCCCAGCCUCCGCCCAGCAAGCUCAGGCCGCCUUUGCCGGCUACGAGCAAGAACUCAACGAUGCUCUGGAUGAUUGCAAGCGCUUUCUGAGGGAAGGCGAUGCUAUCUUGGAUGAGGUGCGCGACGAGAGGGGUGGGAGCGAUGAGGUCCUUGAGGUCGAGUGGGCGAGGGUAAAGGCGCAGUAUGCUAGCGUCCGCUCUUCUGCUCGACAAGCCCUCCUCUCCGCUCGUCGAGGCCUGGCCGAGAACAAGACGAAACGACGCCCACCUCCAGCGGAAGAAGUCCCACGCUCCGACUCAUCCGCUCCUCCUCCCUCGUACAAGCCAAUCAACGGUGGUCUCCAACCCGCAUCUCGCAACGCGAAACCAACCUCAAACGACCCCGACAGCACCUCUGCUGCGCAACACAGCUCUCAGCUCACCUCCUCGCUCCAAUCCACGCUACAAACCCUCUCCCACUCCCUAGUCCAAUCCUCCCACUCCCUCACCCUCCUAGACGAAAGCUCCCAAUCCCUCGCAGAGCUAGGAAUGGACUACGCCUCCUUCCAGCUGCUGAUGACCAACUCGGGCAAGAUAUUGAAAGGCAUGAAGAGCAGGGAUAGAUGGGACUUCCUCAUGUUAAUGGCGGCCUACCUCUUCUUCUUUGCCUGUGUGGGCUACGUACUCAAGGUCAGGAUCUGGGAUCGCGGUAUGGCCGUCGUGGCCCUCUUGUUCAGAGGGGUGGGCAUCUUAGGGCCCAAAGGGGCGGCGCAGGCUGCUGCAAAGGAGUCAGCGAAGGCGGUGGCCGCCGCCGCUGCGGCUAGCAAGAGUAGUAGCAGCAGCGUCGUGUCAGCCAGUCUGGCAGAGGCGGCAAAGAGCAAGGCGAGCGAGGUGGCUGCAGCGGCAGCUCAAUCUGCGGCGGCGGUAGCGGCGGCGGCCGCGGCAAGCUCCUCCUCCUCGUCGUCAUCAUCCUCCCUCUCCGCAGCAGCCAGCAGAGCCAGCGAGGAGGCAGCGCAGUCCUCUGCCGCAGAAGCAGCCCGCGUCUCGUCGAUGCAGGAGGCAGCGCGAGUAUCGUCAAUGGAGGAGGUCGCUCGCGCAUCUUCGAUUGCGGAAGCGGCUCGAGUCUCGUCCGUCGAGGAAGCAGCUCGUCUCUCAUCCGUCGAAGCAGCCCAAUACUCGUCGUCGUCCUCCUCAUCUAUGGAAGCGGCAGCCCGCGCAUCGUCAGCGGCCGAAGCGGCAGUCGCAGCCGGAUCGGCAGCCGCAGCGGCCGGGGAGACGGCGCAGCCAUUAACCCAAGCGGUCGACGAGGUGGUCAGCUCCUUUUUCUCUGCGGAAACGCCGGCGGGAAUGCAGCAGCAGUACGGUGACGACGACGAUGACGAUGACGCGGUGGUGGAGGAAGUAGUAGAGGAGGUCGUAUUCGUCGAAGAGGAGCCGGAGAUCGUCGAGGAAGUGAUCGAGGCCGAGCAGAACUCGCCCGAGCAAAAUGCACCCGCGCAGCACGACGAGCUCUGA